AUGUCCAAGAUAACUAAAACAGCUGCUGAGUGGCGUGCGAUUUUGACACCAGAUCAGUUUAGAGUUUUGAGAGAAAAAGGAACGGAGAGGCCUUAUGUUGGCAAGUAUGAUAAAACUUUCAAGCCGGGAGUCUACGACUGUGCCGCCUGCGGCUCGCCACUAUAUAGAUCGACCGCCAAAUUUGAUUCCGGAUGUGGCUGGCCAGCUUUCUACGAGGCAAUCCCUGGUGCAAUUACUUUGCACAAGGACAAAUCUCUCGGUAUGAUGCGUACCGAGAUGACCUGUGCUAAAUGUGAUGGUCACCUUGGGCAUGUCUUCUACGACGAGGGCUACAAACAGCCUACGAAUGAACGCCACUGUGUCAAUUCAAUUUCCUUGACAUUUAAACCCAAGUAA